CAGCUGGGCUCCUGGCUUUGGGGCUGGGAAUCGUGGGAAGACGGCCCAGGCCCCACUGGAGACAUUCUUUAGUGGCAGGACCCUAAGAACCAGCUCUCUAUCUGGCCGGAGGGACAUGGGUUGUGGCAUUUCUCCAGCUGCUCCCUGGGGGAGGGGAGACCUCCUUGGGGACUCUAGGUCCAGCCUCUGACCCUGGGAACACCCAGCCCAGGCCGGCCCCAGGGCCAACAAGUCAGGGGGCAGCAAAUUUUUAACUAGGCACAUUGAUUAUUAACAGGGUUAGGAAGGAGUCCAAACUCAGCAUCCCGUGGGGGCAGAGACCAGCUGGGCCUCAAGCCUCCUGUGGAGAUGCUGGGCCCCAGAGUCUGGUCCUCUGUGAGGCAGGGGCUGAGCAGGGGCUUGUUUAGGACUGUAGGGGCCUGGGCCUCGGGGGAGGGGAAGAAAGUGGACAUCGCAGGCAUCUAUCCCCCUGUGACCACCCCCUUCACUGCCACCGCAGAGGUAGACUAUGAGAAACUGGAGGAGAAUCUGCACAAACUGGGCACCUUUCCCUUUCGAGGCUUCGUGGUCCAGGGCUCCAACGGCGAGUUCCCCUUCCUAACCAGCAGUGAGCGCCUGGAGGUAGUGAGCCGUGUGCGCCAAGCCAUGCCCAAGGACAAGCUCCUGCUAGCUGGCUCCGGCUGCGAGUCCACUCAAGCCACGGUGGAGAUGACGGUGAGCAUGGCCCAGGUCGGGGCUGACGCUGCCAUGGUGGUGACCCCUUGCUACUAUAGUGGCCGCAUGAGCAGUGCUGCCCUCAUUCAUCACUACACCAAGGUUGCUGACCUGUCUCCAAUUCCUGUGGUGCUGUACAGUGUCCCAGCCAACACAGGGCUGGACCUGCCUGUGGACGCGGUGGUCACGCUUUCCCAGCACCCGAAUAUCGUGGGCAUCAAGGACAGCGGUGGUGAUGUGACCAGGAUCGGGCUGAUUGUUCACAAGACCAGGAGGCAGGACUUCCAGGUGUUGGCUGGAUCAGCUGGCUUCCUGCUGGCUGGCUAUGCCGUGGGAGCUGUGGGCGGCGUGUGCGCCCUGGCCAACGUCCUGGGGGCUCAGGUGUGCCAGCUGGAGCGGCUCUGCCUCACAGGGCAAUGGGAAGAUGCCCAGAAGCUGCAGCAUCGCCUCAUUGAGCCAAACACUGCGACGAAGCAGCUUGGGCUGCCCCUUGGGAAGAGAGGAUGCUUGCAGCCAUCCUAGCCCUCGGAAUGCCAUCCCGCUUGACCCUUCACUCUGCGCCCCAUCCUGUGCCAGCUCUGGGCGCACGCUCAGGAAUGCCUGGAACACCUUUCUGCUGCCUGGACUGGAGGCUCAGCCACCCCAAGAGCAGCUUGAUGUCACCUUAUUGCCCUGCCCUGCUCGAACACAAUGUGCUUCCCCUGCCCUCCCACCCAGCCGGCCUCCUGCCCCGGCUAUAUUUAGGACUUUCCAUGGUUUUUAUCUCUAAAGCAUUCAGCCCUUUCUCAGGGUCUGAAGAGAGGCAAAUCAGAGACCUUCAGACACCCAUGGUGGGAGAAAGUUUUUUUCUCUGUGUACUUCUUGUUUCCAUCAUCUUUCCCACCCUACUCAGGUUUUGGGUAAAAUGCCCAGGUUAUCAGAAUAUCAAGGCUGGGGCCAGGCUUGGGAGGAGGCUGGCUGAAGCUUACUGGCCUCUAGUGGUGAAUAGUUAGUCAUUCAUUCAUCAGUGGUUCCCAACCUUUUUAACCCAAACAACCUCUUUUAUUAUUUUUACCCUUCAUGAAGGCCGUAUUUCUAAGGUUUUACCUUCCCUCAGAAUAAAAUUUUAUUAAGUAAUAAUUACUUUCCUAGUUUUUAGGUACUCAAAGAUGAAUUUAACACUUCUGAUCAGCAUGAAACAACCAGUUGCUAUGCUAAAAGCAAAGGAACUUGAGACUUCAUUUUCUUUAAAACUCCAUGCAUGAUUUGAAAUUGUGACAGUAGUUUUGGGCCGCCCAUUACAACAGAAAAGGCUUUUGAGAUCAUGCUGUCUGGCCCCCUCAUUUUUCAGGCAAGUGAACUUGCUCAGAUCAGUUGAUGAUACAAGGUUACAUAGUGAAACUUCUUUGGACAAUGAUGCAUUGUUUUCCUCCCAUGAGAGUAUUUGGAGUUCGGGUCAGGGAGGACUGUGGGGGGAUGGGAGGGCCCUGCUGCAGGGGCUGUGCCUGGCCUCUCAGUCCCGGUGUGCCCUGGGCCAGGUUCUAGGGAACUAGGCUGCAGACCAGUGAUGCUCCAGCGCCCAGGCCCAUAGUGUCGCUGCCUUCUCCUAAUCCCAGCUCGAGGACUGAAUGCCGCUCUCCUCCCCAGUGGGGUGGAUUUCUCUCCCAAAACCAAAGGAGGUGCCUUUCUUCCUUCAUCCUAGGUUUUAGUAUUGUGUUCUCUACCACUGACCUGCUUUCUGGUCUCAGUCUGGAUUCCCAGUGUACCCCAAGUGUCAUAGAUUUGGUAGAGUUACUUAACGGGGCAGAAGGGUGGGAA